GUUAUGGAACAUUGGUUAGGCUAUGAAAUUUCGCUACGCCUACUCAUCUCAGCACUGCUGAUUCCUUUAAUUCUUCUCUCAUGGAUACCAAAUCUGAAGUAUCUGGCACCCGUCUCCAUGGUGGCUAAUUUGUUUAUGGGUCUUGGAUUGGGCAUAACUUUCUAUUAUCUGGUUAGUGAUUUGCCUCCGAUAACAACCCGUGAGUUCGCGAAAGUCUCCACAUUGCCAGCUUUCUUCGCCAUCACCAUAUUCGCCAUGGAGGCAAUCGGUGUUGUAAUGCCAUUGGAGAAUAACAUGGAAAAACCACGUCACUUCCUCGGAAUCUGCGGAGUGCUGAGUCAGGGCAUGUCCGGUGUUACUUUGAUCUACAUGGCGCUCGGUUUUCUGGGCUACUUGCGUUAUGGUACAAGUACAGAAGAAAGUAUUACACUGAAUUUGCCGGUGCAUGAAUGGACUAAAUCUAAGUCCCUGUAUGAAUUAAGUUCACAUUUGGACUAUGACGUUUUUGUCCUCGUUGAGACCUGGCUAACUCCUGAUUUUUACGACAACGAAUUUUUCGAUCCAAAUCUCUACAACGUCUAUCGUAAAGAUAGAGAUUCGCUUAAAACUGGACUCUCCAGAGGGGGAGGUCUAUUAAUUGCUGUUCAUAGAAAAUAUCGUUCGUCGAUUCUUUUGUUGCAUGAUGGAGACUCGCUUUUGGAUCAACUAUCUGUGUCCGUGACUGGUGCUUUCGAUUGCAGAACUAUGGCACACCGUAAAAUUUUUAAGGGUCAAAAAGACUUUUUACCACUACAGGAGGCCGUCGAUUGGAUAAUGGAGAACGAAGACAAUGACUCUGAAUAUGAUAUAUUAGUCAUUCCUCCUGAUCCUGCGAUUGUAAGUGAUGAAGAGGAGGUAAAUGAAGAUGAUUUGGUUGUUUCACGUCGACAAGAUGAUACAGAUUGGGAUGAAAGGGGUGAUGAGCCACUUUCAUGCUUUGCGAAGCGUAAAAGGGUCGAUCAAG